GACCUCGACUCACAGCGCGGACGUCCCACAGCUGAACAAGUCCUAAGUCUACUGCUCAGAAAGACCCUUAGUGAAGUUGUCCAGCUCCUAGUUGCUCUUCCACUUCUCCAUCCUCCUUUUCAUCAUCAUCAUCAUCAUCAUCAUCUGUGUGUCCUAGAAGCUUUUAAAGGUCAUGGCGGGCAUCACGCUCCUCCUCAGAGUCUUCAUGCUUCUGCUGAUCGGAGGGACGGUUCUUCUGAGCGGCACCCCAGCCCAACGGAUCAGAGUUCGCCGUCAGAACAUGAAGGUCCGGAUCAACGCCACGGGCGACACCAUUGUCAUGAAGUUUGUGCGUCCGAGCCAGGACGUGAAGCUGGAGGGCUACAUCCUGGGAUAUGGAAGGAGUGUUUUCUCCAAACAGUUCAUCCAGCUGCCAGAGAACGGCCAGAUGUAUGAAACAGAGCUAGAUGCUGAACCAAAGUACCUGGUUGCUGUCCAGCCCAUUCCAGUCAAAGAUGGGAAGAAGCACUGCACAGGUAAGGUGAACCUGGAGAAGCCUCUCCACUUGGUGAUUGGGUCCAUCAGUCCCACGGCGGUGCUGCUCUCCUGGGGGAACCACCUGAAGACGCCGUAUGAGAAAAACAUCAUGAACGAAUGUCUGGAGGACGGAUUCUACACCAUCCGAUACAGGGAGAGGAACAGGAAGUGGAUCUACCAGACGUGUCCGACCAGCGACACGGUGAUCGAUCACCUGAAGCCCGACACCCAGUACGAGUUUGGGGUUCGUUCCAACAAGGAUGAUCGCAGCGGCCUUUGGAGCAAGCCGGUCAUUCACAACACCAACAUGGGCAAUAAAAAGAUCCAGAAACCAUACAAGCCCCGUAAGACUGUGGCAAACUCGAAAUUUCACAGCGCCUUCCCUCCUCCCCCCGCUCUACAAAACAGAACUAGGACUCGAGUGCAGCCAGGUUACAGCAAGCAGGUUAACCCUGGUGCAGCACGGACCUCUUCUGAGUCCCCUGAGAGCCAGCAGGAAACUCUCCCUCUGCCCGGCUCCUCUGAGCCCAAAUCUUCUGCCGAGUCGCCCGAAAAAGGAAACAGUCUUAGAAUCAACAGAACCCGGCCUGCAGACCGUCUGACUCCUGCCCUCCCCAAGCUGCUGCCAAGCACCACCCCUCGCACCAACAUCACUGCCUCCCCUGUCACUAACCUCCCCUCCAAUGGCGACUCACUUCAUGGGCAGACUACCAAGGCCCCCAGUAGGGCACCAGAGAAGCACCCUAACACUGCGGCUGCUGUCAGAGCUCAGGAUGGCUCAUCAUUGCUGAGGUCAGCGCUGGCCACUGAGCGGGUCAGACCUUCCACCUGGGGUGAAAGCAGCAGAAAUGUGAGCCCAUCACUCCCAGUGAAAACCUCCAGCCCAGCAGCUUCCCCAGUGUCCAUGAGGAACCCCCUCUUUCCCUUCUCUAACAGCUUCAGACAGCUCCACUCUCCUUCUAGAUCCAGUAGCUCCUCUCCAACAUCUGGGAUACUUGGGGUGAACGGACAGCCUCGCCGGGGCAUUUCUUCCCCCAAACUGACCAUAUGGCCCAGAGCUCGACUGGUCAACAACUCGGUGACGGAGAACCGGAAGCCUGGCAUUCCUUCUGUGUUUGGUCGUUCACGUGCUUCCAUGGAGGAGCAGCAUCAUGGGUCUUCUGUUCGCACAGCUCUCAACAGCAGGCCAAACGAUGUAAGAAAACCUGGAGAAACUGACAAGGUGAACCGCCCGGAGAAAAGUGGAAACCCGGAAACCCUGAAAGUUAAAGUCCAAGCUGGAACGACCAAACCAACAAAACAGGAACGCAGACAAACAAUCAGUACUGCGGCACCAACAGCCGUGACUCGACAGGAAAGCUGGGAGGAUUCUGACCUUUUCAAGUCGCAACCAACGUCUGAUGUUGAUGCGCUGGGAAAGAAGCGUUAUGUGGCUCCUCAUGUGGUCUACAAAACCGGUAAGAAGCCUGAUGAACCGUGCUCCAUCACCUCCUCCCUUAACUACUUCCCUGAAGAUGAGCCUGGAGAGGUGAAUGUGACAUCUCCUCCAAGGAAUCCACCUUCCAACCUCACUGUGGUGACGGUGGAGGGAUGUCCUUCCUUCAUCAUCCUGGACUGGGAGAAACCCGACAACCACACCACCGAAUAUGAGGUCAUUUCCACUGCCAAAGGACCAGAUGGAGAACGGGUUUCCAUCCUAACUACCAACCAGACUCACACUGCAGUGGAGAACCUCAAUCCUGAGAGCAGUUAUGAGUUCAAGGUGAAGCCGAAGAACGAGCUGGGAGAAGGUCCGCUGAGCGAACCAGUGUCCUUCAACACAGAGUCUGCCGAUCCGCGCGUGAGCGAGAACGUCUCAGGAAAAGAUGCCAUCUGGACUCAGUUCCCUUUCAAGACGGACUCGUACUCUGACUGCCACGGCAAGCAGUACGUGAAGAGGACCUGGUACCGCAAGUUUGUGGGAGUCCAACUGUGUAACUCGCUGAGGUACAAGAUCUAUCUGGGCGAAACACUGAACGGUGAAUUCCACAACAUUGGUGAUCAGAGCGGCUUUGGUGAGGACCACUGUCAGUUUGUGGAUUCCUUCCUGGAUGGGCGAACAGGCAGACAGCUCAGAGCGGACCAGCUCCCCUCCAGGAAUGGUUUCUUUAGAGCUUUGCGCCAGGAGCCCGUCAACUUUGGACUGAUAGGUGGACAUUCCCACAUCAACUACGUCUCCUGGUAUGAAUGUGGAACGCCAAUCCCUGGGAAAUGGUAAACGGGCUGUGAUCCACAAGAAAGGAACUUGUUGCCCUCAGCUGGGGGUAGAAAAAGCAUGGGUGGGGCUUAAAGCAGCUGGACCCGGAGCUUGUUACCCAGUGCUGUAAAAACCAGAACAUGUACAGGACUUCCUCAUCAGGGAACUGUAAGGAGAGCAUUUGUACAACUAUAGCGAACAUGCCUCCUCCCUAUUUAUCAAGAACCAGUGCUACAGUGAUGUUAGAGCUGGAAAAACUCAACUUAGAUAUAUUUUAUUUUUUGUUAAAUCAUGGGAAGCUGGCUCCCUGGAAGGUGUUAUUUAUCCAAAGGUCUUUGGUCUCAUUUGUUCAUGUUUGCUGACAGGCAGGAAGUGAAAGGGGGGGUUGGUAAAGAAGAUACCAUCAUCCUCCACAUUCACACUUUAACUGGCAGUGAUUCAAUGUCCCACCCCCUCCAUGUUGACCAUACAGUCCUCUAGGAAACUGUAACUGAAAAUGAAAUGUCAGUUCAUACUGUUUUACUGUUUUUCUCUUUUCUGUUGCCUGCAAAUGUUAUUUUCUCUCCUCAUGACCAAAUGUUUCAUUUAAUUUACUGACCUACUAGUGCAGCAUGAUGUUGCAGCUAUCCUCUAAACCAGUCGUCAUGCAGCUCUGCUUCUUAGUACUUUAGAAUAUGUGACAGGUUUGAUGCUGACAGAACAAUAAUUACACAUUGAUUGUGUAGCAGAUCCGAUGGAGCUUUUCCUCUUUUGCUUUUUGCACAGGAGAAAUUUACGUGCUGUUAAAGAAGAAAAUAUUCUUAAAUAGUUAACUUUGAAAAAGGUUUACUGUCUCUCUUCCUCUGGUCCCUGGCCCUCCCGGCGAGCUGCGUGUGGCCCCAAGGAAAACCAGCAAUGCGUGUUGACGUCACAGAAUUACAGAGUUUAAUCCAAUAUAAGACAAUGCAUAAACUUAGAAAUAAGACAAUGCACAAACUUACACCAGAAACUGCAGAACAACGGAGACAUACAUUCAAUUACCUGACCUAAAUGGAGAGAAGGAAAGAAAGCAAAAACGUACAAAGACAUCUUUGGAGAGUUGCAAGAGCAAAUCUGAUUUGUUACUUCUGUGUAGAAAGUUUUAUCCUCUUGUAUUUAAUUUAUUCAAAUAAGGCUGGCUUUUGCUCCUCCAACCAGGAGCUAUCUUGGACACUCAGAAAAACUUAGAACUUCCCCCAAUUUACAGCAAACAUCUGGGGUCAUUUGCUUCUUUGUUUUAACAAGAAAAAGCGGAAAGCUUGUCUUGUCUUGGCCUCUAGAAUUCUUAAGGUCAUCUGGCUAAGAUAAGAUUUCACAGACAGCUGUGGAAUGCGGGGCCUCUCCUACCAUAAAUUCUCAGGAACAAACUUAAAUUCAGUAAUUUGGUUCAAGGAAAGGUUAUCUUCACAAACUUGUUCAAAAUUAAGAAAUAUGUUCUCAACAUACCUUUUACACAUGCCAUAAGAUUAACUGUAUUAAAAACUAAAAAUAAUCAUUUUUCUUUAACAGUACAAACUUUCUACGGUCAGUGGUCUUUUUUUUACUCCCAUUUUCCUCCAACUGAAGUGUAAAGCAGACUUCCUCUUCUUCUGAUGCUAACGGCACGCAGCUAGCUGCCUGCAGCUAAUGGCACUCAGCUAGCUGCCUGCAGCUAACGGCACGCAGCUAGCUGCCUGCUAGCAUUUCUGCCGAGGGUUUUAUUAGAGGCAAUGGUGGCCUAGUGGUUGAAAAUUGGGUUUGGCCUCCGAUAGGUUCUGAGUUCAAGUCCAACUCAUUCAAUCAGCCGGUCACUCUGGGUCCAUGAGCAAGACCCUGCUCCCUGGACGCCACACAAUGGCAGCCCACUGCCCCCCAAAGGCUUAAAGGGUUAAAUGCAGACAUUGUGGGACAAUAAAGGAUUUAUUUUUUUUUACAUUUUCCAAACCAAGAAGCUAAAAAAAAAAAAUAAAUUCAAAGAGUUUUUUUUUUAUUUCAUUUUUUAUUACAUUUUUUUUUUAAACCAAACUGUAGGAUGUUUAACUCAAUUGAGCAUAUUGGUUCUUUAAGCUCUUUUUCUUUAGAGAGCAGAACAGGUGCUGGCCAAUAUUAUGCCUGAUUUUCUUUAACAAGAUGGAAAAAGCAAAUAUUUUCUAAAGCAUGAACAGUGGUGUUCCAACUGACUCCCUCCAAAAUAUGUAUAAAGUGUAUAAAAUCUCUUAGAAAGCUCAAUAUAAAUAUGGACAGUUGUGGAAAUUGUCUGCUGGUUUCUGGAAGAGUCCAGCAGUGAAAUGAGAGGCACACAGAUGUGGAGUUUAUUGCUCCAAGGCCAAAGUCCUGAAAAGUUUCAAACAUCUUUGCUUUGCCAAAAUAUUGAUUUCAUUGUUUUCAUUUCCUGUUUGAGGAGGUUGAACGAGGCUUUCAUACGGUGCAGUGCAGAUGCAGGUCAUUUUUCUACAUGCUGUAUCCAAGUCCUGCAGGACUGUUGCUCCCUGAUCAUCUAACUUUACCUUUUAGCUGCAGCUGAAUGAACUCAUGCAAACAGCCUGAAAAUAUAAAGAACAGGUUGAUUAAAUGCAGGAGAAACAUUUGGAAUAAAACGUAGAAUGUAUUGAUUAUUUAUAUAUAUAUAUAUAUGUUUG